GCACUCGGCAAUCGGCAAACCGACCAUCGGCAUUCUCGUAGUCGCGUUUCUAUCGUGCUCGUCAGUCUAGAGAGUAAUAUCGACACGAAAAAGACCAGUUUGAGUACCGGGGCAAAUAAACAAAUAUUCGAAAUAUUUCGGAAACAACAAGUAAAAUUGAAUAAAAUUUUGAUUGGGCGCGGCAGUUGUUGCGUUACCAAGCAAAAUGGCUGAAGCGGAAGGUGGCUCCGAGCAGGAUGAUGUUUCAUUCCUGAGAACGGAAGAUAUGGUCACGCUUUCCUGUACAGCGACGGGAGAACGUGUCUGUCUGGCCGCCGAGGGAUUUGGUAAUCGGCAUUGUUUCCUCGAAAAUAUUGCCGAUAAGAAUGUACCUCCCGAUCUCUCCCAAUGCGUUUUCGUCAUUGAGCAAGCUCUAUCCGUGAGAGCUCUACAGGAACUCGUGACAGCGGCUGGAUCAGAGACUGAUAGUCAAGUUGGUAAAGGUACUGGAUCCGGCCAUAGAACUCUACUCUAUGGCAAUGCCAUACUUCUGAGGCACCACAACAGCGAUAUGUACCUGGCUUGUUUGUCAACUUCGUCAUCAAAUGACAAGCUCUCGUUUGAUGUGGGUCUACAGGAGCAUAGCCAGGGAGAAGCCUGUUGGUGGACAGUUCAUCCGGCCAGUAAGCAACGUUCUGAAGGUGAAAAGGUUCGUGUGGGAGAUGAUCUAAUUCUGGUAUCCGUUGCCACGGAGCGGUAUCUCCAUACGACCAAGGAAAACGAGCAAUCCAUUGUGAAUGCCAGCUUCCAUGUAACCCAUUGGUCUGUCCAGCCCUACGGCACUGGCAUUUCCCGUAUGAAGUAUGUCGGCUAUGUGUUCGGUGGUGAUGUCCUACGUUUCUUCCAUGGCGGCGACGAGUGCCUGACCAUACCCAGCACCUGGGGCCGUGAAGCAGGUCAAAACAUUGUCAUAUACGAGGGUGGAGUGGUCAUGGCGCAGGCACGAUCUCUGUGGCGUCUGGAAUUGGCGCGAACAAAGUGGACGGGCGGCUUUAUAAACUGGUACCAUCCGAUGCGUAUACGUCAUAUAACAACGGGACGCUAUUUGGGCGUUAACGAAAGCAACGAGCUGAUUCUGGUCAAAAAGGAGGAGGCAUCGAUUGCAACGACGACUUUCUGCCUGAGGCAAGAAAAAGACGACGAAAAGAAAGUGCUCGAGGACAAAGACUUAGAAAUAAUCGGUUCGCCGAUCAUCAAGUAUGGUGACACCACUGUCAUCGUACAGCAUUGUGAAUCAAGCCUGUGGCUCAGCUACAAGAGCUACGAAACGAAAAAGAAGGGCGUUGGCAAAGUGGAGGAGAAACAGGCCAUCCUGCAUGAGGAAGGUAAAAUGGAUGAUUGCCUGGACUUCUCGAGAUCACAGGAGGAGGAAUCGAAGACGGCACGUGUCAUUCGUAAAUGCAGCAGUCUCUUUACUCAGUUUAUCACCGCCCUGGAAACCUUGCAAUCCAAUCGCCGACAUUCUGUAUUUUUUCAAAAAGUCAACCUCAACGAAAUGGUCAUGUGUCUGGAGGACUUAAUCAACUACUUCUCUCAACCAGAAGACGAUAUGGAACACGAGGAGAAACAGAAUCGUUUCCGUGCGUUGAGAAAUCGCCAGGAUCUGUUUCAGGAGGAGGGCGUACUCAAUCUUAUACUCGAGGCCAUUGACAAAAUCAACAUUAUAACCUCACAGGGCUUCCUAGCCAGCUUUCUUGCUGGUGACGAGACUGGCCAAAGUUGGGAUCUAAUUUCAACAUACUUGUAUCAACUAUUGGCAGCCAUCAUCAAGGGCAACCACACCAAUUGUGCCCAGUUUGCGAACAGCAACCGCCUUAACUGGCUCUUCUCCCGUCUCGGCUCGCAGGCAUCCAGUGAAGGAUCUGGAAUGUUGGAUGUGCUUCACUGUGUGCUCAUCGAUUCUCCGGAAGCUCUGAACAUGAUGCGAGAUGAGCAUAUUAAAGUGAUUAUAUCGCUUUUGGAGAAACAUGGACGUGAUCCCAAAGUUCUCGAUGUCCUGUGCUCUCUGUGUGUGGGUAAUGGAGUUGCGGUCCGUUCCUCACAGAACAACAUUUGUGACUUUCUGCUGCCCGGCAAGAAUCUUCUGCUGCAGACAUUGCUGGUCGAUCAUGUGGCCAGCAUUCGUCCAAAUAUAUUCGUCGGACGAGUCGAUGGCUCAUCCAUGUACCAGAAAUGGUAUUUCGAGGUGACCAUGGAUCACAUUGAGCAGACCACACACAUAAUGCCCCAUCUACGCAUCGGAUGGGCCAAUACCUCGGGCUAUGUACCCUAUCCGGGCGGUGGCAAGAAGUGGGGUGGCAACGGAGUCGGCGAUGAUCUCUACUCAUUUGGCUUCGAUGGCGCCUUCUUGUGGACUGGAGGACGCAAGUCUCUAGUCAUGGAUUCCCAACCAGAGGAGCCUUACAUACGAAAGGGCGAUGUCGUUGGUGUGGCCAUAGAUCUCUCAGUGCCUGUCAUAACCUUCACCUUCAACGGCGCCAAAGUGCGUGGUUGCUUCCGCGACUUUAACCUGGACGGCAUGUUCUUCCCCGUGAUGAGUUGCUCAUCGAAACUGAGUUGCCGCUUCCUCUUUGGCGGUGAUCAUGGUCGUUUGAAAUAUGCCCCACCCAUGGGCUUCUCGGCCCUCGUUCAAUGCCUGAUGCCCCAUCAGAUACUCAGCUUGGAUCCUUGCUUCUACUUUGGCAAUCUAAGCAAGAAUGUAUUGGCGGGUCCCUGGCUCAUCGAGGAUGAUACUCCAUUUGUGCCAAAGCCUGUUGAUACCACAGGCGUAUCCUUGCCCAGUUCCGUGGACCAAAUCAAGGAAAAACUGGCGGAGAAUAUACACGAAAUGUGGGCCUUGAACAAGAUCGACGCUGGCUGGUCUUGGGGUGAGCAUCGCGAUGACUAUCAUCGUAUCCAUCCCUGUCUAACGCAAUUCGAGAAAUUGCCGGCUGCGGAAAAACGUUAUGACAAUCAACUGGCUGUGCAAACUUUGAAAACAAUUAUUUCCUUGGGUUACUACAUCACCAUGGACAAGCCCCCAGCACGCAUUCGUCCCGUUCGCCUGCCCAACGAGAUCUUCAUGCAGGCCAAUGGCUAUAAGCCGGCGCCCCUUGACCUUAGCGCCGUGACUCUGUCACCAAAGCUCGAGGAGCUGGUGGAUCAAUUGGCCGAGAAUACACAUAACUUGUGGGCACGCGAGAGGAUUCAACAAGGAUGGACGUACGGUUUGAACGAGGACUCGGAGAAUCAUCGUAGUCCCCAUCUGGUGCCCUAUGCCAAAGUGGAUGAAGCCAUCAAGAAGGCGAAUCGCGACACGGCUUCCGAAACAGUGCGCACCCUUUUGGUCUAUGGUUAUGUCCUGGAUCCACCCACAGGAGAAGGCACCGAGGCUUUGCUGGCUGAGGCACAACGCCUGAAAUUCUCCGCCUUCCGAACUUACAGGGUGGAACGAAACUACGCCGUAACCUACGGCAAAUGGUAUUUUGAGUUUGAGGUUCUCACAGCGGGUCCGAUGCGAGUCGGUUGGGCUCGAGCUGAUUGCUAUCCUGGCGCAAUGUUGGGCAGCGAGGACACCAGCUGGGCUUUUGACGGUCACAAUGUAACCAAAAUGCACGCCGGAUCCAUUGAGCACUUUGGUGUUCGCUAUGAGGCUGGUGACGUCAUUGGUUGUUUCAUCGAUGUUAAGGAGCAAACCAUCAGCUUCUCAUUAAAUGGAGAACUCCUCAUGGAUGCCUUGGGUGGUGAGACAACAUUUGCCGAUGUCACCGCUGAAGGUGUCGGCUUUGUGCCCGCCUGUACCUUGGGAGUUGGCCAGAAGGCGCGUCUAAUUUAUGGCCAAGAUGUUGAUUCCCUUAAGUUCUUCACAACUUGCGGCCUCCAGGAGGGUUAUGAGCCGUUCUGUGUCAAUAUGCAACGGCCAGUCACCCAUUGGUAUACCAAGGAUCAACCGAUAUUCGAGAAUACAGAGGAGAUGCCAGAUUGCCGCAUUGAUGUUACCCGUAUUCCGGGUGGUGCGGAUACUCCGCCGCAUUUGAAGAUAUCGCAUAACACAUUUGAGACCAUGGAGAAGGCUAACUGGGAGUUCUUGCGGCUCUCCCUGCCAGUCACCUGCAUGAGCGAAUUUAUCAGUGAGCAGGAGAAGGCGCGGCGUUGGGAGGAUAUCAAGAUCCGGCAGUAUCGUCUAAUGCGUGAGGCACAGGAAGCCGCAGCACAGCUUCAAACCCAAAAUGCAGCACAUAUGGAUCAUAUGCUGAAGAGUGGCUUCAAUAUGAACGACAUCAAGGGAUUGACCCGCAACUUUGAUGACCAUACGGAACCUGAAGCAGAGCAUAUGAUGCGUGGUGGACCCUCUCGGCCACCUCGCAAAGGCUCCUUAACUCGCAACAUAACUUUCGAGACGGACAUGACCGCUGCCUUGGAUGAGAUGCAGCGCUCAUCCUCAGUUCUGGACAUGAAUGGACUGGGUGACGAUUUGGAUGAUAAAAAGAAGCGUGGUCGCAGUCCAUUCAAAUUCUUUUCAAAGAAAUCCCGGGAUCAAAGCCGUGAGAAAAGUGGAGCCAGAACAGCAGACACAUCGUUGGAGCGCCGAAAUACGGUGGCCCAUGGCAGGAAUGUGGUUAACCAGCAGAUGACAACAAGGACACCAACCUUGCGGCUCAACAACGCCGAAAUACCGCCAAGUCCAGUACCACAGGGGCCAAAGCAGCUGAGCUCAUCGAAUCUGGGCCAGCCACCAGUUGAAUCGUCGGGCAAUGAGAUGUUCGAUGCCGAGUGUCUAAAGCUGAUCAACGAAUACUUCUAUGGAGUACGUAUUUUCCCCGGUCAGGAUCCCACGCAUGUGUAUGUGGGUUGGGUAACAACCCAAUAUCAAUUGCACAGUCUUGAGUUCAACAAAAACAAAGUACGCCGUGGAUCUGUUUAUAUUGAGGAUUACUAUGAGGUGCCCAUCGAGAGAAUUGAUCGUCAGAGUUGUUACGUGGUAAGAGCUGAUGAGCUGUUCAAUGAGGUGACUCAGGAUGCGUCGGGCAAAGGUGCAUCUCAGGGCAUGUUUGUGGGCUGCUUUGUGGAUACGGCAACGGGAAUAAUUCGCUUUACUUGCGAGGGUAAAGAGACCUCUCAUCGCUGGAUGAUGGAACCAGAUACGAAACUGUUCCCGGCUAUAUUUGUGGAGGCGACAAGCAAGGAAAUUCUGCAAAUUGAACUGGGACGAACUCCAACCACAUUGCCCUUGUCGGCGGCCGUGUUGCCAACGAGUGACAAGCAUAUUAAUCCACAAUCGCCACCUCGCUUGAAGGUUCAGUGCCUCCGCCCACAUCAAUGGGCACGUGUCCCGAACACAUCUCUCCAGGUGCACGCUCUCAAGCUGUCGGACAUUAGGGGUUGGUCGAUGCUCUGCGAGGAUCCCGUCUCCAUGCUGGCCCUGCACAUACCGGAGGAGGAUCGAUGCAUCGAUAUCUUGGAACUGAUUGAGAUGGACAAGCUGUUGUCGUUCCACGCUCACACUCUCACACUUUAUGCCGCCUUGUGCUAUCAGUCCAAUUACCGUGCUGCCCAUGCACUCUGCCAGCAUGUUGAUCAGAAGCAGCUUCUCUAUGCGAUCAGGUCGGAGUAUAUGAGUGGUCCACUGCGUCAGGGUUUCUAUGAUCUGCUGAUUGCCCUGCAUCUGGAGUCCCAUGCCACCACGAUGGAGGUGUGCAAAAAUGAAUACAUCACACCAUUGGGAUCGGAUCUAAAGGAACUCUAUGCCGAAGAUGAAAUGCGUCACUCGCUGCGUUCCCUUGUCACGGAAUCUGUGCGUCCUCAGCUUCGCAUGACGGAAAUCACACCCCCUGUGAUUGCAACAUCUAGUAUGCCAAGUGUUUCCAGCGAACCAAUUCCCAACAUCGAUCAGUUGUACUCCCCGAAGUUCCCAUUAGAAGUAGUCAGGCAGUUUGUCAUGGAAGCUCUUAAAGAUGCUGUGGAAAUAAAUCAAGUGCAUAACCGCGAUCCCAUCGGCUGGACAAAUGAGAAUCUCUUCUUGCCCCUUAUCAAGUUAACAGAUCGCCUACUGUUAGUGGGCGUCCUUACAGACGAGGACGUUCAGAAACUAUUAGUAAUGGUUGAUCCAGAGACUUGGGAUGUCACGUUCGAGAGAGAGGGAAAAGAUGAACACCGAAAGGGUUUGCUUACGAUGAAAAUGGCCGAGGGAGCCAAGCUACAGAUGUGCUAUCUGUUGCAUCAUUUAUAUGACACCCAACUUCGACAUCGCGUGGAAAGCAUUAUUGCAUUCUCGCAUGAUUUUGUGGGCGAUCUACAAACCGAUCAGUUGCGACGUUAUAUCGAGAUUAAACAAUCCGACUUGCCAAGUGCUGUUGCGGCCAAAAAGACAAAGGAAUUCCGUUGUCCACCCAGAGAGCAAAUGAAUCAGAUUCUAUGCUUUAAGAACCUAGAGUCUGACGAUCAGGACAAUUGUACAUGUGGCCUUGAUUUACGCAGUCGCCUAAGCGAAUUCCAUGACAUGCUAAUGCAGAAAGUAUCGCUGAAUGCACUGCAGGAGCCAGAUGGUACCGAGGCAACUGCGAUCGAAGAGAUCAAAACGGGACCCAUAACGAAAAUCUAUAGUUUCAUCAACACCGUCAAGGAACUAGAAGAGGGUCCCAAGGAAGUGGAGGAGCCUGAGAAAAAGACACCUGAAGAAGUUUUCCGCAAAGUUCUAAUCAAAACCAUUGUCAGCUGGGCUGAAGAAUCACAGAUUGAGAAUCCAAAAUUGGUACGCGAAAUGUUCAGUUUGCUAGUACGACAAUACGAUACUGUCGGAGAGUUGGUACGAGCUCUAGAGAAGACCUAUGUGAUCAACACGCGGGCACGAGAUGAUGUCGCCGAAAUGUGGGUUGGAUUGAGUCAAAUACGUGCACUGUUGCCCGUCCAAAUGAGUCAGGAAGAGGAGGAGCUUAUGCGUAAGCGUCUCUGGAAAUUGGUCAACAAUGCCACGUUCUUCCAGCAUCCAGAUUUGAUUCGAAUUCUGCGCGUUCACGAGAACGUUAUGGCCGUAAUGAUGAACACUCUAGGCCGUCGGGCGCAGGCCCAAAGCGAUGCACCCACCCAGGCAGAGGGAGCCGAGGGUGUGCCCUCCAAGGAGAAGGACACAUCCCAUGAAAUGGUCGUGGCCUGUUGUCGCUUCCUCUGCUAUUUCUGUCGUACGGGUCGUCAGAACCAGAAGGCGAUGUUUGAUCACUUUGAUUUUCUGCUGGAUAACGCAAAUAUCUUGUUGGCCAGACCCAGUCUGCGUGGUUCGACACCACUUGAUGUGGCAUAUUCGAGUUUGAUGGAGAACACAGAAUUAGCUCUGGCACUUAGAGAACAUUAUUUGGAGAAAAUUGCCGUUUACCUGUCCAGAUGUGGCUUACAAAGCAAUUCGGAGCUUGUGGAAAAGGGUUAUCCCGAUUUGGGUUGGGAUCCCGUCGAGGGCGAAAGAUAUUUGGACUUUUUGCGCUAUUGCGUUUGGGUUAACGGCGAGAGUGUCGAGGAGAAUGCGAACCUUGUCAUUCGUCUUCUUAUCCGUCGUCCAGAAUGUUUGGGACCGGCUCUAAGAGGAGAAGGAGAAGGUCUCUUCCGUGCAAUCGUCGAGGCGAAUCGUAUGUCGGAGCGCAUUUCGGAUCGCUGUAAGAUGCAAGACGAGGCCGAAGGCACAAUUGUCGGACUCAAUUUCACCCAUCCCCUACCCGAGAGCGAUGAAGACGAAGACUAUAUCGAUACAGGGGCAGCAAUAUUGAAUUUCUAUUGUACAUUGGUUGACCUUCUCGGUAGAUGCGCCCCAGACGUCUCCGUUAUCGAGCAAGGCAAGAACGAAUCACUGAGAGCUAGAGCUAUUUUGAGAUCUCUUGUGCCACUGGAAGACCUUCAGGGUGUGCUCAGCCUAAAAUUCACACUCACACAGACAGCUCCCGGCGAGGAGAAACCGAAAUCGGAUAUGCCCUCGGGCCUCUUACCCAAUAACAAACAGAGUAUUGUGCUGUUCCUAGAACGUGUCUAUGGCAUUGAGACGCAAGAUCUGUUCUAUCGACUGCUCGAAGAUGCAUUUCUACCAGAUCUGCGUACUGCCACCAUUUUGGAUAAGAGCGAUGGCUCCGAAAGUGACAUGGCACUGGCUAUGAAUCGAUAUAUUGGAAACUCGAUAUUGCCAUUGCUAAUCAAGCACUCAAAAUUCUAUAAUGAGGCAGAGAAUUAUGCCAGUCUCUUGGAUGCCACGCUGCACACGGUCUAUCGGUUAUCCAAGAACCGUAUGCUAACCAAGGGGCAACGUGAGGCCGUAUCCGAUUUCUUAGUCGCAUUGACAUCACAAAUGCAACCUGCCAUGCUCCUAAAGCUAUUGCGCAAGUUGACUGUUGAUGUAUCCAAACUAUCGGAGUAUACGACGGUUGCACUCAGGCUGCUCACUUUACACUUCGAUCGCUGCGCUAAGUACUAUGGCUCGACUCAAGGUCAAGGCUCGUAUGGAGCAUCUUCAGAUGAGGAGAAGCGAUUGACAAUGCUUCUGUUCUCAAACAUUUUUGACUCGCUGAGCAACAUGGACUAUGACCCGGAACUGUUCGGUAAAGCCCUGCCCUGCCUUAUUGCCAUCGGUUGUGCCUUGCCACCCGAUUACAGUCUAUCGAAGAACACCGACGAGGAUUAUUAUGGCAGACAAAUGGGGGCACCCGACCAACCGCAAUAUGUUCCCAAUCCCAUCGAUACGAACAAUGUACAUCUCGACAACGACCUUAAUUCGUUGGUACAAAAGUUCAGUGAGCAUUAUCACGAUGCUUGGGCCAGUCGCCGAUUGGAAGGUGCCUGGACAUACGGCGAUGUACGAUCCGAUAGCGAACGCAAGCAUCCACGCCUAAAGCCCUACAAUAUGCUCACCGAAUAUGAACGUGAGCGGUAUCGAGAUCCGGUACGUGAAUGCCUCAAGGGUCUGUUGGCCAUUGGAUGGACCGUUGAGCACUCCGAAAUGGAUUUGCCACUAAAUCAUCGUGGCUCGACGCGUCGUCAAUCGAAGCCCCAAAUUAAUGAGGGAAGUCCUUUCAACUACCAUCCACAUCCUGUGGACAUGAGCAAUCUGACCCUGAGCAGAGAAAUGCAAAAUAUGGCCGAGCGUUUGGCUGAAAACUCACAUGAUAUUUGGGCGAAGAAGAAGAACGAAGAGCUGAACAGUUGCGGUGGCGUCAUCCAUCCUCAGCUUGUGCCCUACGAUCUGCUCACCGACAAGGAGAAGAAGAAGGAUCGCGAACGUUCGCAGGAGUUCCUCAAGUAUAUGCAAUAUCAGGGAUACAAGUUGCACAAGCCCUCCAAGGGUGGUGCUGUUGAGGAAGGCGGUGCCACACAGGCGGCCGUUGAGCUUCGCUUCUCCUACUCGCUGCUGGAGAAACUCAUUCAGUAUCUGGACCGGGCAACAAUCAACAUGAAGCUAUUGAAGCCAUCGACGACAUUUAGUCGACGCACCUCAUUCAAGACCGCAUCGCGGGACAUUAAAUUCUUCUCGAAGGUGGUGCUGCCCCUAAUGGAAAAAUACUUUUCGACGCAUCGCAACUAUUUCAUAGCAAUUGCCACGGCCACGAAUAACAUUGGAGCUGCCUCGCUCAAGGAGAAGGAAAUGGUGGCAUCCAUAUUCUGUAAGCUUGCCGCAUUGUUGCGCAACCGUUUGAGCGCCUUUGGUCCAGAUGUACGCAUAACUGUGCGGUGUCUGCAGGUCCUCGUCAAGGGAAUCGAUGCCAAGACGUUGACCAAAAAUUGCCCUGAAUUUAUACGCACAUCGAUGUUGACGUUCUUCAAUCAAACGUCCGAUGAUCUGGGCAAUACUAUAAUGAAUCUACAGGAUGGCAAGUAUAGUCACCUGCGUGGUACGCACCUGAAAACCUCCACAUCCCUUGGCUAUGUCAAUCAGGUGGUUUUGCCCGUGUUGACGGCAAUGUUUGAUCAUUUGGCUGCCUGUGAUUAUGGCAGCGAUCUGCUGCUGGACGAGAUUCAAGUGGCCUCCUACAAAAUCCUAGCUGCCCUCUACCAUUUGGGUACCGAUGCCACAUUGACCCACGAGCGCAAGUAUCUAAAGACAGAAAUCGAACGUCAUAGGCCCGCAUUGGGUUCAUGUCUGGGUGCCUAUAGCUCUUGCUUCCCUGUGGCCUAUCUGGAGCCGCAUCUCAAUAAACACAAUCAGUUCUCGCUGCUGAAUCGCAUUGCGGAUCACUCGCUGGAGGCACAGGACAUCAUGGUCAAAAUGGAGAGUUGUAUGCCUAAUUUGGAAACGAUCCUAAGUGAAGUUGAUCAGUUCGUGGAGUCGGACAAGACAUACACGGAUGCACCGCAUAUCAUUGACGUCAUACUGCCUUUGUUGUGCGCCUAUCUGCCCUUCUGGUGGUCCCAGGGUCCCGACAAUGUCAGUCCGACCAGUGGCAAUCAUGUCACCAUGGUAACUGCCGAUCAUAUGAACUCACUACUCCGCAACGUUCUCAAAAUGAUCAAGAAGAACAUCGGCAAUGAUAAUGCUCCCUGGAUGACUCGCAUUGCGGCCUACACACAGCAGAUCAUAAUUAAUACCUCGGAGGAGCUGUUGAAGGAUCCCUUCCUGCCGCUGGCUGAGCGCGUCAAGAAGCGCACGGAGAACAUGCUCCACAAGGAGGAAAGCAUGCGAGGAUUCAUUAAAUCGGCCACCGAUGAUACUUCUCAGGUGGAAACACAACUUCAGGAGGAUUGGAAUCUCCUGGUGCGGGACAUUUACUCAUUUUAUCCAUUGCUCAUCAAGUACGUGGACUUGCAGCGCAAUCAUUGGCUAAAGGAUAACAUUCCAGAAGCCGAAGAGCUUUACAAUCAUGUCGCUGAAAUCUUCAAUAUUUGGUCAAAGAGCCAAUACUUCCUCAAGGAGGAGCAGAACUUCAUCUCGGCCAAUGAGAUUGAUAAUAUGGCCCUGAUAAUGCCGACGGCAACUCGACGUUCCGCCAUUUCGGAGGGCGUGCCUGCGGUGGGUGGUAAGGUAAAGAAGAAGAAGAAGAACAGGGACAAGAAACGGGACAAGGACAAGGAAGUACAGGCGAGUCUUAUGGUGGCCUGCCUGAAGCGUUUACUGCCCGUCGGACUUAAUCUAUUUGCUGGUCGAGAGCAGGAAUUGGUUCAGCAUUGCAAGGAUAGAUAUCUUAAAAAGAUGAACGAAUACGAUGUUAUUGAAUUUGCUCGCAAUCAGUUGACACUACCCGACAAGCUGGAUCCAUCUGAUGAAAUGUCCUGGCAGCAUUAUCUCUACUCAAAGCUGGGCAAAACAGAAGAAUCAGUCGAUGAGCAGGCUCUGGAAAAGGUCAACGCCAAUUCGAAUGAAAAGGGCAAGGAUAAGACCCAAGAAACUGUUGAUCGCAUUGUGGCAAUGGCGAAGGUCCUUUUUGGCCUGCAUAUGAUCGACCAUCCACAACAGCAGAGCAAAAAUGUCUACAGGAGCGUUGUAUCGAUACAGAGGAAGCGUGCUGUUAUCGCAUGUUUCCGUCAGACAUCGCUACAUUCUCUACCCAGACAUCGUGCUUGUAAUAUAUUUGCCCGCACCUACUAUGAACAAUGGCUGCAGGAGGAAAAUGUUGGUCAGGAGGUAAUGAUUGAGGAUCUGACACAGACAUUCGAAGAAUCUGAAAAGUCCAAAAAGGAUGAGGAGGAAGCGGAUGGCAAACCAGAUCCACUAACUCAAUUGGUAACAACAUUCUGUCGCGGUGCCAUGACGGAACGUAGUGGUGCACUUCAAGAGGAUCUACUGUACAUGUCGUAUGCCCAAAUUGCGGCCAAAUCCUGUGGCGAAGAGGAGGAAGAAGGCGGAGAAGAUGGCGAGGGCGGUGAAGGUGGUGAAGAGGGCGAAGGCACAAGUAUUCAUGAACAAGAAAUGGAGAAACAGAAGCUGCUCUUCCAUCAGGCGCGUCUAUCAAAUCGUGGCGUUGCCGAAAUGGUGCUGUUGCACAUUUCCGCCUCCAAAGGUAUACCUUCGGAGAUGGUCAUGACGACACUCAAUUUGGGCAUCGCCAUCUUGCGUGGUGGUAACAUUGACAUUCAAAUGGGCAUGUUGAAUCACCUGAAGGAGAAGAAGGAUGUUGGAUUCUUCACAUCGAUUGCGGGUCUAAUGAACUCGUGUAGUGUCCUCGAUCUGGAUGCCUUUGAGCGUAACACUAAGGCCGAGGAGUAUAUUCCAAGUGCGGGUGCAGGUCUUGGUGUCGGCUCCGAGGGCGCAGCGGGUGAGAAGAAUAUGCACGAUGCCGAGUUCACAUGUGCUCUCUUCCGGUUCAUCCAACUCACCUGUGAAGGACACAAUUUGGAAUGGCAAAACUAUUUACGUACUCAGGCGGGAAAUACGACCACUGUGAAUGUGGUUAUUUGCACUGUGGACUAUUUGUUGCGUCUUCAGGAAUCCAUUAUGGACUUUUAUUGGCACUACUCCAGCAAGGAGAUUAUUGAUCCGGCCGGCAAAGCGAACUUCUUUAAGGCCAUCGGUGUGGCAAGUCAAGUGUUCAAUACGCUCACUGAAGUCAUCCAGGGUCCAUGUACAUUGAAUCAGCAAGCCUUGGCCCAUUCCAGAUUAUGGGAUGCAGUCGGUGGUUUUCUGUUCCUCUUCUCUCACAUGCAGGACAAGCUAUCGAAGCACUCGAGUCAGGUGGAUCUGCUGAAGGAAUUGCUUAAUUUGCAGAAGGAUAUGAUCACCAUGAUGUUGUCCAUGCUGGAAGGCAAUGUUGUUAAUGGCACCAUUGGAAAGCAGAUGGUAGACACCCUUGUUGAAUCCGCUGGCAAUGUGGAACUGAUUCUCAAGUAUUUCGACAUGUUCCUCAAGUUGGCGGAUCUUAUUGAAUCGCCCAGCUUCCAUGAGAUUGAUAUGAAGAACGAGGGUUGGGUUAUACCCAAAGAAUUCCGAGAGAAAAUGGAGCAAUCCAAGAACUACACACCGGAAGAAAUGGAUUUCCUUUUGGCUUGUUGUGAACGCAAUCACGAGGGAAAAAUCGAUUACAGAGCUUUCGUUGAACGCUUCCAUGAGCCAUCAAAGGAGAUCGGUUUCAACCUGGCUGUGUUGCUCACAAAUCUCAGCGAACACAUGCCCAAUGAGCCGCGUUUGGCCAGAUUCCUGGAGACAGCUGGUUCCGUACUCAACUACUUUGAGCCCUUCCUCGGACGCAUCGAAAUUUUGGGCAGCUCGAAGCGCAUUGAACGCGUCUACUUUGAGAUCAAGGACUCGAAUAUCGAGCAAUGGGAGAAACCUCAGAUUCGUGAAUCCAAGCGUGCCUUCUUCUAUUCCAUUGUCACCGAAGGUGGCGACAAAGAGAAGCUCGAGGCGUUUGUUAACUUCUGUGAGGAUGCAAUCUUUGAAAUGACCCAUGCCUCCGGAUUGAUGGCCACCGAUGAUGGAGGCGGCAAUGUUAAACGCGAUACGGCCUACAGUUCCUACAUGAGCGAAGAGGAGGAGGAGCGUGCCGCUCGAGAUCCCAUCAGACGAACCAUCACCGCUGUAAAGGAAGGCUUGAAAUUCGGUGUCCAUAUGUUGAGUCCAUCGAAUAUCAAGCAUCAAAUUGGAGUUAUGCAAACAAAAUCCAUCCCGGAACUAAUUGUCGGAUUCUUCAAGAUCAUCUUCUAUAUGUUCUAUUACACUGGAUAUGCCCAUUUCUGUGUGGUGCGUUAUAUUUUUGGAAUCCUAUUGAAUCUGAUGCGUGGUCCGGCACCGGAGCAAGAGGACUUGGAGCCACUUGUGGAGGAAGAAACGUUUGGUCGAGCAUUGCCCCCGUUACCAUUAGAGGAACCACCAGGAACUGUUCAGGCAUUUGGUUUGGAUAUCAACAAGGAGGAAAAUGGCAUGUACAAGGUUGUGGUCCAUGAAUCACCAGCGGGUUCAUCAGUUGAGGAAGGCGGUGAAUCCAGUCCAGAAGAUGGUGCAGCUGUCACGGGUGAACUUAUGGAGGGUGAAUCUCACCAGGAGCCCAUAUCGAUAGUGGAUCUGCUCGGUGGCGAGGCCGCCAAGAAAGCGGCUCAGGAGCGUCAGGAGGCCCAGAAGGCCCAAGAGGCUGCUAUGGCCUCCAUCGAGGCGGAGGCCAAGAAGUCAUCGGCGGCGCCACAGGAGACACCAGCUGUCCACCAGAUCGACUUCUCGCAGUACACACAUCGGGCCGUCAGCUUCCUGGCGAGAAACUUUUACAAUCUGAAAUAUGUUGCCUUGGUUUUGGCCUUCAGCAUUAACUUUAUGUUGCUCUUCUACAAGGUGACAUCGAUUGCGGAGGAAUCGGACGGUUCGGGUGAGGAGGAACUUAUCUUGGGUUCGGGAUCAGGUGGUGGUCCCGAUAUUGCUGGCUCUGGUCUAGGUGGUUCAGGUGAUGGCGGCUCUGGAGAUGGUGAUUUCGAGGAUGAUGAUCUACCCGAGCUUGUCCACGUCGAUGAGGACUUCUUCUACAUGGAGCACGUGCUACGAAUUGCAGCCCUGCUCCACUCUCUUGUCUCCCUGGCCAUGUUGAUCGCGUACUACCAUCUGAAGGUGCCACUGGCCAUCUUCAAGAGGGAGAAGGAAAUCGCUCGAAGAUUGGAAUUCGAUGGUCUCUUUAUUGCGGAACAGCCGGAGGAUGAUGAUUUCAAAUCGCAUUGGGAUAAGUUGGUUAUAUCGGCAAAGAGUUUCCCGGUCAACUAUUGGGAUAAGUUUGUCAAGAAGAAGGUGCGACAGAAGUACAGUGAGACCUAUGACUUUGAUUCCAUCUCCAAUCUGUUGGGCAUGGAGAAGAGCGCAUUCACGGCACAGGAGAGCGAGGAGACGGGCAUCUUCAAGUACAUCAUGAACAUUGAUUGGCGCUACCAGGUGUGGAAGGCGGGUGUCACCUUCACGGACAAUGCCUUCCUCUACUCCCUGUGGUACUUUAGUUUCUCCGUCAUGGGCAACUUCAACAACUUCUUCUUUGCUGCCCAUUUGCUCGAUGUCGCCGUGGGAUUCAAGACCCUUCGAACCAUCCUGCAGUCGGUAACCCACAAUGGCAAGCAAUUGGUAUUGACCGUGAUGCUCCUCACGAUUAUUGUGUACAUCUAUACGGUGAUUGCGUUCAACUUCUUCCGCAAGUUCUACAUACAAGAGGAGGACGAGGAGAUUGACAGGAAAUGCCACGAUAUGUUGACCUGUUUCGUAUUCCAUUUGUAUAAGGGAGUACGAGCCGGUGGUGGCAUUGGUGAUGAGAUCGGUGAUCCCGAUGGAGAUGACUACGAAGUUUAUCGCAUCAUCUUUGAUAUCACGUUCUUCUUCUUCGUUAUUGUCAUCCUUUUGGCCAUCAUCCAGGGUUUGAUCAUUGACGCAUUCGGCGAGUUGCGUGAUCAAUUGGAAUCGGUCAAAGAUAACAUGGAGUCCAAUUGCUUUAUAUGCGGUAUGGGCAAAGACUUCUUUGAUAUAGUACCGCAUGGCUUCGACACGCAUGUCCAGAAGGAGCACAAUCUGGCCAAUUACAUGUUCUUCCUGAUGCAUUUGAUUAAUAAACCGGAUACCGAGUACACCGGUCAGGAGACAUACGUUUGGAAUAUGUAUCAGCAACGCAGCUGGGACUUCUUCCCGGUGGGCGACUGCUUCCGCAAACAAUAUGAGGAUGAACUCUCCGGCGGCGGAGGCGGAGGCUAGAUCAUCCCCUCAUUUUUAUUCAUUUUUUUUAUUAUAAGCCAGGCGACUACUUUGGACACACUUUAUAUGGUUGAUAUCGACAUCGAUAUGAUAACGAUACAUGAUACAUGUUUGAAUUCUUUUCCUAGUCUAUUAUAAUAUAAAAUUACUUUUAAGUAAACAAUCUAUUUUACAUAUAUAUGAUGGACCUUUUCCAAUAUGAUGACGAUUCUAGCAUGUAUAACAAAAAAAAAAAAAAACAAAAUGUUCUUAAC